ACCUCCUGCACCAGGUAUUAAACCGACUCCUCCGACCGGGAGUCCCGAGACCGAGCACCGUUCGCAGGACUUCAUCCUCCUCUUCUUCACUCUUCCUCUGGUGCUUUUUACGCAGUCUGAGUCUGAUCGAUCAGGAUUACAAAUAAAGUGUCGACUCAACGUCACAGCGGACAGAAAGGCGGUGGCAGGGUGGAGGAGGAGCGGGGUGACAGAGAGCCAUGCUGUCUCUGAGCUGCACCGACCCGUGGCCUGAGGGCUCCGUGGGGCUGGAGGAGGAGGUGGUGACCGCGGCCGUGCAGGUGGAGGAGCGGGACGGCGUCCACUGCAACAACAACGACAACAACAACAGCAGCUGCAGCAGCAGCAACCUGGACGACAGCCUCACGAGCCUGCAGUGGCUGCAGGAGUUCUCCAUCCUCGGUGCCAACGUGCCGCCGCAGGCCCACCACCAGCCACCGGGCUCCGACGCGCCGGCCUCCCCUCUGGCCGGAGACCCGGCCUCCAUCGGCAUGCCCCUGACCCCCGGGAAGCCCACGGCGGCGGCCUACAGCCGGAUGCAGUCCCUCCCGGGCAUCGUGGCUCACGGGCACUGCCCCGACGAGGUGGACUACAAGACCAACGCGCGCAUCAAGCCUCCGUACUCGUACGCGACGCUCAUCUGCAUGGCGAUGCAGGCCAGCAAGAAGACCAAGAUCACCCUGUCCUGCAUCUACAAGUGGAUCACCGACAACUUCUGCUACUACCGACAUGCUGACCCCACCUGGCAG